GGCAGUAGAAAUCCCCGAGUGCUGAGCAACCCCAGCACAAAGGCAGGCAGGCAGGAAGAGAGAGGAGGCGGUGGUAUGCUCUGUUAGAAUCAAGAAGACUUUUACUGGAACCGCUAACUUUAUUUCUUCCAUGAGUGCUGCAAGUGUGCUCCGGUCCUUCAGUCCGUCAGCGAUGCCUGGUCCUGUGAUGCCAAUGAGAUUCUACAUGAGCCACUCUCCGCCUCCUCUCCGGGGUUUCCUCAGCUCCUACGAGGACCUUCAGAGGACCAAGAACCGGGUGAAGCAGUCGUCCAACAAUCAGCAGCUUUUCAAACCUCUUCGUCCCUGCCUCAGCAGCCAGCAGAGGGCCAUGGACGACGUAAACUGCAUGGGAUGGAGCGGAAACGACAACGCCUGCAAGAAGAAGAAGGUGGUGUUCGCCGACACUAAAGGAAUGUCUCUCACAGCCAUCCACGUCUUCUCCAAGUUCGACGACGAGCCGUACCAGAAACGAAGUAAAAGCAUCGCAGAGGAGCUCCAGUUCGACAUGUUCGACUUGGAAGCGGCAACCAUGGACCUAAAGAUUAACUCGGUGCAAAACCUGGUGCUGGACUUUAAACAACCGUCCGCCGACUACCUGGACUUCAGGAACCGGCUGAUUGCCAACUCUGUGUGUUUGGAGAACUGUUCGCUGCAGGAACGCUCGCUCACCGGCACCAUAAAGGUCCGAAACAUGGGCUUCGAGAAGAAGGUGAAGCUUCGAGCAACAUACGACUCGUGGGUCAGUUUCACCGACGUCGAGUGCUCCUUCAUGAACAACGUGUACAGCUGCCACGACUCCGACACCUUCGCCUUCGUCCUGGAUCUGCCCGCCCAAAUCCCGCCGCAAAACCGCGUGGAGUUCUGCAUCUGCUUCACAACCCAGGAGCGGACCUUCUGGGACAAUAACGACUGCAAGAACUACAUCCUGAAGCACGUCGGCUGGAACGGAGUGGAUCUAAAUGUUCUGACACCGCCACAAACGUCUCUGGAGCAGAGGAAACCCUGCGAAAACAAAGGGGUAAAGGUUCUUGAGAUGGAGUUUGAUCAGUUUGGAAGCCCCCGCAUGUCCACUGGACUUUUCCCCGGCUGGCAGAGCUGGGGUCGGAUAGAUAGCGCCGUGCCUUAUUGGUGAAACAUGACUCUUGUUUGCUGAAAUGACAUUGGAAUAAGAUAAGAAACGGGGGCAUUCGGUGCGAGUCCAAGCUGUGAGCGGCUCUCAGCCAGAAACUGAACUGAAGCAAACACAGAACAGAACAACUGACCUGCUUCUCGCUGUAACGUGGACUCAGAGAGCAAGGAUUCAUGUGGAAAUGUUUGUAUAAUGUUAAUGUGCCUUCUCAGAGUGCCUGCCUGCCCACUAAAAUGCAGACGAUGUGUACAGCCCAUAACGAGAGUUAGAGUCCCCUUUGGGGGGCCAGAUUUAAUGGUUAAAUAUGCACUGAUUGAGAUGAUCCUCUCAAUUUGAUUUCCGUAAACUGAAGAAGUAGAAAUCAACAUGAUUAAGUCCUUCAUAUUGAAGGGGAAGUACAUGGCGACAGAAUGGUUCUCUACUAAAUGAAACACAGCUGAUUCAUUGCUAAUGGAAGACACUAAACCUUUGCAACUUCAAAUGAGAGAAUAAUUAAACUCAAAAGGGCCUUAUUUAAAAUAAAUGUUGAGCCAUGCAGCCCUUUCUUUCCCUCCCUGUGAAUUGUACAUGUAUGAUGAGAAAUGUCGUUGGGAUGAUGUAAUAUUUUGGUUAUUGAGAGCUGCUAUCAAAAGAGACGAUGCACGUGAUUGGUUGUCUCGUCCUUGGAAGAUGGAUGGGUUAAAGUAAGUUUUGAAAAAGGAGUGAUGGGAUGUUUAUAUUUGAGAGUUUUUAAGAUGUGUGAUGAGUGUACAGUAUGUGUGGCUGGAAAUGAGGUGUAUCUUUAUCUUGAAAACAAUCGGUUCUCUGUGAAGAAGGGUCUGUCUGCGCCCAGCAUUUUGUUUCACUUGAAAAUGUUUGUAAAGUAUUUCCCUUUCAGAAAUAAAAUGUCUAUACUUGAUCUAAA